UAACAUCACAUCAGGUGGGCGCAGAUGAGCUUUUCGCUCUGUGCUAUGAUAUAAACUAUUGUCACUACAAAAGCUAAAAGAAGAAGUCAAACUAGAAUUCUGAGAUUUCUUUUUACCCUUAAAAGACUCAGUGUGUCACACCCCUCCUCCUUCCUUCCUGUAUGCAGACUAAAAUAACGAGCUAACGGACACGCACCCAACGGGAAGAUAAUGAAGCGAAUUUUCUUCCAUUUAAGAAAAAAACCCUAAAAAACGCAUGUGCUGCGGCGGCAGCAGCUCUGUAGCAAUCUGAGUGUGAUCCGUUUACUUCUGAUAAAUGUCUCAUGCUUAACCUGCUCAACAGGAAGAUUUUUUUCAUCGGAUUUUAAAUUAUCGGCACUACAAAGAUUUCACGACCUGGACCAAAACGAAUUUGAGCUAAAAUGAAAAAUGAUGGGCCAAAAUCAUCAGAGGCCUUGUGUUCUGAAAAUUAGACAGUUGAUGUACAUCACUUGUGUCAUCAUCAUCAUCUAUCUACUGUUUUGGACCUACAGGACUGACAAAACGUUCGCCCACUGGAUCCUGUACUACAGAGGAGUCUCAAGUUCACCAAUCUUAGAUCAACUAAAUGUGACUCAGAAGAGUAGUCAAGGACAUGUUGCUUUGCAACUGCCAAGCAGAAUGGAGCAUCAGAGACAACAAUCCACCCAGAGCAUUAUGAAGGUUAAAGGCACAAAGACACUGCUGGUAUCGGCUUAUCUGGAACACCGCACAGACGAAAAACAGGUUUGUGUCAUUGCAGUGGUGCUGCGGAGUGAGAACGUGGCCUAUCGCUGUCUCUUUCGUUGCCAGGACAAGCAGCUCCUCUCUAAUGGUGUGGCCAACAUCCACAGGGAUCACUUCGGUUUUGCCUAUGGGACAGCAGACAUCAUGUGCCCCCUCCCCUCAGGCUGUGAGACACCAUCUUCUAUUGCCGUGACCUCCGCUGAUACCAGCUCUACAAAUGAUCCCAACCAAGAGUUUUUAGAGGUGAAGAACCAGCAGGAGAAGACAGAAUCUUUUCCUUACGACUUCACCGUCUGCAUCUCCACCAUGUUUGAUUUUACCAACGUGUUGCAGCUGGUACAGAGUUUUGAGAUGCUGCAGUUACUGGGAGUGAACAGAGUGGUUGUCUAUAAGACCAGCUGCAGUCCUGAAACACAACGAAUACUGGACUACUACACACACAAAGGUUUAGUGGAGGUGAUUCCUUGGUCUCUGUCCAGAUAUGUGAACGUGUCUCGUAGCUGGCUGCCUGAACAUGGUCCCGGUGAACUCCACUACUUUGGUCAGAUUCCUGCUCUCAAUGACUGCCUUUACAGAUACAUGUACCAGUCCAGAUAUGUGGCUCUACAUGAUAUAGAUGAGCUCAUACUGCCCCAGACUGUCACCAGCUGGGUAGAGUUGUUGCCGCUGCUGGAGAAGAAAUAUGGUGCCAACAAGUGCUACAGGUUUGAGAAUGACGUGUUCCCCAUCAAUUUCAUGUCACCUCCUCCAGCCUCCCAAAGUCUGCCACCACAAGCAGACUGGAAGAAUGUUCCUGGUGUGAACAUCUUGGCUCACCUCUACAAAGAGCCAAUCUUUUCUGAGACUUACAGUAACUUCAAGAUCAUUGUCAACCCUCGAGCAGUGUUUUCCACAUCUGUUCACGGGGCGCUGAACGCACAGGAUGGCUGGUCCUGGAUUGACCGGAGCAUAGCACGGAUGUACCACACAAGAAGUCCCAUACAAAAAAGCCUGACAAAAGACAAGUUGAUUUAUGAUGGGAGACUGCUGAGCUACAGCGCCCACUUCAUACCAGCUGUGAACAAAGUGCUGAGAGAGACUGGAUUCCUACCAAGCACACACUAGACUCACUGUGAAAAACCUGCUUGCAAGUUUUGAGACUUGUCUGCUCAAUACCUCUUUUAAGCUUUAUCUGAAGAGUAUGACUUUAUUUUUGUUUCAAGGAUUCCCUUGUAAAAAAACAGAAAAAUACAUGAACGCUUCCACAUGAGAACUGGAAAAGAUAUUGGGCCAAAGACAAGUCAACAAUAAAAUAAAAAACCAACAGUUCA